CCUCAGAGCGACAGGCUUUUGGUGAAAGGCGGGAGGAUCGUGAACGAUGACCAGUCCUUCCAUGCGGACAUCUACAUGGAGGAUGGCGUCAUUAAGCAGAUCGGAGACAACCUGAUUGUUCCCGGUGGAGUGAAGACCAUCGAGGCCAACGGGAAGAUGGUGAUCCCCGGCGGCAUCGACAUCCACACCCACUUCCAGAUGCCGUACCGUGGAACCACCACCGUGGACGACUUCGCUCAGGGAUCAAAGGCUGCUCUCGCCGGGGGCACGACCAUGACGGUCGACCACGUGAUCCCUGACCCUGGCAGCAGCCUGAUGGAGGCCUACGACCAGUGGAGGCAGUGGGCGGACGAGAAGUCCUGCUGUGAUUACUCCCUCCACAUGGACAUCACCCACUGGAACGACAGCGUGAAGCAGGAAGUCGACACCCUCAUCAAGGAGAAAGGUGUGAACUCGUUCCAGGUCUACAUGGCUUACAAGGACUACUACCAGAUGAGCAACAGUGAGCUCUACGAGAUCUUCACUUUCCUGGCAGAGCGGGGAGGCAUCGCUCAGGUCCACGCUGAGAACGGAGAGAUCAUUGCUGAGGAGCAGGGCCGCAUGCUGCAGAUGGGCAUCACUGGACCAGAGGGACACGUGCUGAGCAGACCAGAAGAGGGUUUACAGAUCCAGGAACUGUAUCUGAGGGACUUUAGAGAAACCCUCGCAGAGCUGGACCGGGGUCUGACAGAGCCGCAGAUUAAGGUGGUUUGUCGCCAGAUGCUGGAAGCUCUGGUCUACCUGCACAGCAUGAAGAUCAUCCACAGAGACCUGAAGGCCGGGAACAUCCUCCUCAUGCUGGACGGGGACAUCAAACUGGCCGACUUUGGAGUGUCUGCAAAAAACACCAAAACCUUACAGAGGAGAGACUCCUUCAUCGGGACGCCGUACUGGAUGGCCCCGGAGGUGGUGAUGUGCGAGACCAUGAAGGACGCUCCGUACGACUACAAGGCCGACACCUGGUCCCUGGGAAUCACUCUGAUCGAGCUCGCCCAGAUCGAACCGCCACACCACGAGCUCAACCCCAUGAGGGUGCUGCUGAAGAUCGCCAAGUCGGAGCCGCCCACCCUGGACAACCCCAACAAAUGGUCACCAGAGUUUAAAGACUUCCUGAAGAGAGCGUUGGAUAAAAACCCAGAGACUCGUCCGACUGCGGCACAGAUGAUGGAGCACCCUUUUGUGCGGUCGGUGACGUCGAACCGUCCUCUGCGGGAGCUGGUGGCCGAGGCCAAGGCUGAGGUCAUGGAGGAAAUCGAGGACAAUAGAGAGGAAGGCGAGGAGGACGACGCCAUGGAGCUCACUGUGCAUCUCCUCAUCUCUCUGACUCAAAGGCCACCUCACCCCGACACCCUGCGUGAGGCGUGUCAGCCCGUCAAUCAGCCCGUAUGUGGUCUCCAGGCCGGAGUAAAGCUGCUCAGGCCGACGUGA